GGGCUGGAAGCGGCAGCUGCUGGUCUCCCCCCUGCUUGGCUGGGGUGCCCCCGGGGGCCGGGCUCCAGAGCCGGGCUCCUCUGCCAGCCCUUUGACCUUUCUUGUUCGUUUAGUUCCUUUCUAUCUCCCGCUCUUCCUCCGUGGAGCCCAGAGCCGUGUCUGACAUACUUGAGUUCCUCCUCACAACAACCCUGUGAAGUAGGCUAGGCUGAGAGAGAGAGAAGGGACUGGCCCCGAGUCACCCAGCUAGUUUCAUGGCUGAAGGGGGAUUUGAACUCGGGUCUCCCCGGGCCUAGUCCAGCACUCUCGCCACUAGGCCACGCUGGCUUGGGGUGGGGUGGGGUUUGGAAGGUCCACUCCUGCCUCUGUGAGGGCCUGGAGCCUUGGGAGGGAUGCUGCCCCCGCCGGACACGGUCAAGGUGGCUGUGGAGUGGCCGGGGACAAACGCGCAGCUGCUUGAGAUUGAUCAGAAGCGGCCCCUGGUGUCCAUCAUCAAGGAAGUGUGUGAUGGCUGGUCACUGCCCAACCCGGAGUACUACACGCUGCGCUAUGCUGAUGGGCCCCAGCUGUACAUAACGGAGCAGACGCGCUGCGACUUAAAGAACGGGACCAUCCUACAACUGGCUGUUUCCCCGUCUAGGGCUGCCCGCCAGCUGAUGGACCGGACUCAGUCGCACAGCAUGGAGACCCGGCUCGAGGCCAUGAAGGAGCUGGCCAAACUCUCUGCAGAUGUGACCUUUGCCACCGAGUUCAUCAACAUGGAUGGCAUCACAGUGCUCACCCGCCUGGUGGAGAGCGGCAUCAAGCUCCUGUCCCACUACAGCGAGAUGCUGGCGUUCACCCUGACAGCCUUCCUCGAGCUCAUGGACCAUGGCAUUGUCUCCUGGGACAUGGUCUCCAUCUCCUUUAUCCAGCAGAUUGCAGGGUACGUGAGUCAGCCGACGGUGGACGUCUCCAUCCUGCAGCGCUCCUUGGCCAUCCUGGAGAGCAUGGUGCUGAACAGCCAGAGCCUGUACCCGAAGAUUGCUGGCGAGAUCACGGUGGGGCAGCUCCUCUCCCACCUGCAGGUCUCAAACCAGGAGAUCCAGACCUAUGCGAUUGCCUUGAUCAAUGCCCUCUUCCUGAAGGCCCCCGAGGACAAAAGACAGGAGAAGCUUCUUAACCCGCUCGACCUGCCCUGCACUGAGAUGGCGAAUGCCUUUGCCCAGAAGCACCUGCGCUCCAUCAUCUUGACGCACGUCAUCCGAGGAAACCGCCCCAUCAAGACAGAGAUGGCCCAUCAGCUGUACGUGCUCCAGGUCCUGACCUUCAACCUCCUGGAGGAGCGGAUGAUGACCAAGAUGGACCCCAGCGAUCAGGCUCAACGGGACAUCAUUUUUGAGCUGCGGAGAAUUGCUUUUGAUGCGGAGUCGGAGAGCGGCGGCGGUGGCGGCAUCCCAGGUGGCGGGGCGGAGAAGCGCAAAGCCAUGUACACCAAGGACUACAAGAUGCUGGGCUUCACGAACCAUAUCAACCCUGCAUUGGACUUCACCCAGACCCCACCAGGGAUGCUGGCCUUGGACAACAUGCUGUACCUGGCCAAGUGCCAUCAGGAUACCUAUGUCCGGAUUGUUCUGGAGAACAGCAGCCGGGAGGACAAGCAUGAGUGUCCCUUUGGCCGCAGUGCCAUCGAGCUCACCAGGAUGCUGUGUGAGAUCCUGCAGGUUGGAGAACUUCCCAACGAAGGCCGGAAUGACUACCACCCCAUGUUCUUCACCCACGACCGCGCCUUCGAGGAGCUCUUUGCCAUCUGCAUCCAGCUGCUCAACAAGACGUGGAAGGAGAUGCGAGCCACAGCAGAGGACUUCAACAAGGUCAUGCAGGUGGUGCGGGAGCAGAUCACCCGGGCCCUGCCCUCCAAGCCCCACUCCCUAGACCAGUUCAGGAACAAGCUGCGGAGCCUGAGCUACACGGAGAUCCUGCGCCUGCGCCAGUCGGAGCGGAUGAGCCAGGACGACUUCCAGUCCCCGCCCAUUGUAGAGCUGCGGGAGAAGAUCCAGCCGGAGAUCCUGGAACUCAUCAAGCAGCAGCGUCUGAACCGGCUCUGUGAGGGGAGCAGCUUCCGCAAGAUUGGGAACCGGAGGCGGCAAGAGCGCUUCUGGUAUUGCCGCCUGGCUCUGAACCACAAGAUGCUGCACUACGGCGACCUGGAGGACAACAGCCAGGGCGAGGUGACCUUCGAGGCGCUGCAGGAGAAGAUCCCUGUUGCAGACAUCAAGGCUGUUGUCACCGGGAAAGACUGUCCCCACAUGAAGGAGAAGGGCGCCCUCAAGCAGAACAAGGAGGCCCUGGAGCUGGCUUUUUCCAUCCUCUAUGAUCCAGAUGAGACCCUGAACUUCAUCGCCCCCAAUAAAUACGAGUACUGCAUCUGGACGGACGGCCUCCACGCCCUCCUGGGCAAGGAGAUGGCCAGCGAGCUGACCCAGAGUGACCUGGACACCCUGCUCAGCAUGGAGCUCAAGCUGCGCCUGCUCGACUUGGAGAACAUCCCGAUCCCCGAGGGGCCCCCGCCGCUCCCCCAGGAGCCCAGCAGCUAUGACUUUGUCUACCACUACGGCUGAGGCCAGCCAGGCCGCGGGGAAGCCACCGCCACGGCCCCCCCCCCCCCCGGCGCAUGCACCGGACGUGGUGGCCGGGAAGCGGGCUGGGGUCUGCUGGGAGCCAGACGGGCCAGGGCGUUGCCCUCGGCUCUGCCGGUAGCCAUGCUCUUCAGCGGUCGCCCCCCCCCCCCUUGCCUGCUGUGACCUGCACUGUCUGGGGCAGAGCUGGGCCCGGGAGAAGAGCUCCCAGCAGCAGCGCCCUCCCGCUGGGGCCCUCCACAGCCUGCUCCGGCUCCUGCUCCCUUCGGCGGCGUAGGAGCAGCAAGCUUGGCAGCCUGAGUGGGAGGGAGCCUGGCCGUAGAGGGAGGCCCGCCUGCUGCCUCCGGCCGUAGUGGGGGGCACUGCAGCAGGCUGGCCCUGGCACACCCCCCCUUUUUUUUGCAUUAAAAGCUCUUCUCCUUCCUU